GUAUCUUCACACUUAAACAUAUACAUAUAAAUUGAUACACAAGAAACCAACUUAUAACAUUUCUAGAUGAGGUUUUCAUUUUUUUCAAAUGGGUUUCCAAGUUUGUACAUGGUUGUCUUAUUUUUAGUAGGUACCUCAAUUGUCUCGGCUGAUUUCUACAAUGAGUUUGAUAUCACUUGGGGCGAUGGCCGCGGUAAAAUAAUCAAUGGAGACCUCUUGACGCUCACUCUUGAUAAAUCUUCUGGCUCUGGAUUUGAAUCAAGAAAUGAGUACAUGUACGGCAAAAUCGAUAUGCAGCUGAAGCUUGUACCUGGAAACUCUGCUGGCACCGUCACCGCGUACUAUUUGUCUUCAAAGGGUGACAACUGGGAUGAGAUCGACUACGAGUUCUUGGGUAACUUGAGUGGUGAUCCGUACAUAUUACAUACAAACGUGUUUAGCCAAGGCAAAGGCAAUAGAGAACAACAAUUCUACUUGUGGUUCGACCCAACUGCUGAUUUCCACACCUAUUCCAUCCUUUGGAACCCUAAAAGCAUAAUAUUUUCAGUUGAUGGAACACCUAUUAGAGAGUUUAAAAAUGCAGAAUCAAUUGGGGUACCAUAUCCAAAAGAUCAGCCAAUGAGGAUACACUCUAGCUUAUGGAAUGCUGAUGAUUGGGCAACCAGGGGUGGGCUUGUGAAAACCGAUUGGACUAAAGCUCCUUUCACUGCUUCCUACAGAAACUUUAAGGCCGAUGCUUGUGUCGUGUCUUCUGGAAAAUCGUCUUGCAGUGGCUCCGCGUCGUCUCCUGCGUGGUUAUCGGAACAGUUGGAUAAUUCAAAACAGGAGAGGUUGAAAUGGGCGCAAAAGAAUUACAUGAUCUACAACUAUUGCUCGGAUUCCAAGAGAUUUCCUCAAGGUUUUCCACCCGAGUGCAAAAUGCCAUAAUGCGUGAUUAUUAAAUCGUUUAUAUAUACAGAUACGAGCAAUAUUACAUAUUCUUUUUGUGUAUCUAAGUCUAAUAUGUUAAGUACCAGAUGAUCGAAUCAGAUCAUUUUACUACUAUAAGAUUGUUGUUAUUAACGUUCAAUAAAUACAAUAUACAAAGUACUACAUCCUUUUUUCUUGCA